AGCCCCGCUGGCGGGCGUUUUCUCUACCCCCCCGAUUCCUCCUUCAGACUCGCUGAGUGCUGGGCCCUGGUGGUGAUGCUGUGAAAGGAAAUCGGAGAAACUUGGUUGUUGCCUCACAAACGCGAUUGUGAGGUUCUGUGACUCUGCCCUGGCGACCUGUGCUUGCUCCGGGAUGGGGACCUCGGUGACCGGCACCCCCGUCUUGCCCGCCGCCCCGGCCUCAGUCCGCCCACGGAGUCCUUCGGCGGCUUCCGCACGGAGGCUCGCGGCCGAGGUUGUUUUGACCUUUGAGGAUGUCGCUGUAUAUUUCUCGAGGACUGAGUGGCUCCUCCUUGAUGAGGCUCAGAGACACCUGUACCUUGAUGUGAUGCUGGAGAACUUUGCUCUUAUAUCGUCACUGGGUUGCUGCUGUGGAGCAGAGGAUGUGGAGGCACCCACUGAACAAAACUUAUCUGUAAGAGUCUCACAGGCUAAGAAUAUCAAGGCAGCUUUGACUUCCCAGAAGAGCCACCCCUGUCAGAGUUGUGGGUGUGUCUUGAGAGACAUUUUCCUCUUGGUUGACCAGCAGGGAACACAACAGAGUCCCACACUGCUGAAGUGUGGGGCAUGUGCAAAACCAUUUUAUUUCAGUCCAAAGAGUCACCACCAGGAGCAGGACACAACAGAGAAUGGUUUCAUAAGCAGUGUGGACAGGGUGUCACUUGCAAACAGCUGCGAUUUCCAUGUGUCAUGGAAGCCUUGUACCUCUAGUCAGGUUGGAAAAUGCUUGCUCAUCAGCUCAGGACAUCUUGAGAAACUGGCUACUCACACCAUGCCCAGGGUAAAAGAAAUCUCUGAUUCUGGAAAGAUUUUUCAAAGUACACAUUACAACCCAGAAGAAUGCAAGAAAGCCAUUGGCUGUGACCACACACUUGUUGAGAACUGUGAUUUCCUUACAGGAAGACAGUGUUUCGUGUGUUGUGAAUGUGGAAAAUUUUCUACCAAUAGUUCGGCUCUCUCUGCUCCUCAUAGACUUUUCAUGAGAGAAAAAUCUUAUGAGUUUGUUGAAUAUGGGAAAUCUUUUACCAGUAGCUCUGCUCCCCCUGAUCAUCAGAGACUUCUCACUAGAGAAGAGUAUUAUAAGUGCGGUGAAUGUGGGAAAUCUUUUAAGAGGAAAUAUGACUUUAAAUGUCAUCAGAGAGUACACACUGGAGAAAGGCCUUAUAAGUGCAGAGAAUGUGGAAAGUUUUUUACCAGUAGCUCUGCCCUCUGUUAUCAUCAGAGACUUCACACUGGAGAAAGGCCUUACGAGUGCAGUGAAUGUGGGAAAUCUUUUACCAGUAGCUCUGCCCUCCGAUACCAUCAGCGAGUUCACACUGGAGAAAGGCCUUAUGAGUGCACUGAAUGUGGGAAACAUUUUACCAGUAGCUCUGCUUUCCGUUACCAUCAGCGAGUUCACACUGGGGAAAAGCCUUAUGAGUGCAGAGAAUGUGGGAAGUCUUUUACCAGUAGCUCUGCCCUCCAUGACCACAUGAGAGUUCACACUGGAGAAAGGCCUUAUGAGUGCCUUGAAUGUGGGAAAUCUUUUAUCAGUAGUGCUUCCCUCCAUGAUCAUCAGAGAGUUCACACUGGAGAAAAGCCUUAUGAGUGUGGCGAAUGUGGGAAAACUUUUAGGAGAAUAUAUUACUUUAAUUGUCAUCGCAGAGUUCACACUGGAGAAAGGCCUUAUCAGUGCAGUGAAUGUGGGAAAUCUUUUACCAGGAACUCUGCCCUCCAUGAUCAUCAGAGAGUACACACUACAGAAAAGCCUUAUGAGUGCGGUGAUUGUGGGAAAUCUUUUAGAAGGAAAUAUCACUUUAAUUGUCAUCAGAGAGUUCACACUGGAGAAAGGCCUUAUGAAUGUACUGAAUGUGGGAAAUCUUUUACCUGUAGUUCUUACCUUACUUGUCAUCAGAGAGUUCACACUGGAGAAAGGCCUUAUGAGUGCACAGAAUGUGGGAAAUCUUUUACUUGUAGUUCUUACCUUAUUUGUCAUCAGAGAGUUCAUGCUGGAGAAAAGCCUUAUGAGUGCAGUGAGUGUGGGAAAUCUUUUAAGAGGAAAGAAAAUUUUAAUUCUCAUCAGAGGCUUCACACUGGUGAAAGACCUUUUGAGUGCAGUGAAUGUGGGAAAUCUUUUACCAUGAGCUCUGCCCUUCGUAAGCAUCACAAAGUUCAUACUGGCAAAAGGCCUUAUGAGUGUGGUGAAUGUGGGAAAUGUUUUGCCUAUAGCUCUGACCUUCGGUGUCAUCUGAGAGUUCACACUGGAGAAAGGCCUUAUGCAUGUGGUGAAUGUGGGAAAUCUUUUACCAGUAGCUCUGUUCUUCGUAUUCAUCAGAGAGUACACACUGGAGAAAGGCCUUAUGAGUGCAGUGAAUGUGGGAAAUCUUUUUCCACUAGGAAUGGUUAUCGUUGUCAUCAGCGCAUUCACACCGGUGAAAGACCCUAUGAGUGUAGUGAAUGUAAGAAAUGUUUUAGACAAAGCUCCUCCCUUAUUCAACACUAUAGAGUUCAUUCUGGAGUAAAACGGAGUAAGUGUAGUUAAUGUGGGAAAACAUGAGCAGUUCUGCCUUUUGUCAUCAUUGAAGUAUUUACACUGGAUAAAGGCUUUUUGAGUGUUGUGAAGUUUGGAAAUCUUUUACCAAUAACUCUGUUGGUAUUAUCAGAGUUCACGAAGGGGGCUAGGCUUUAUGAGUGCUCUGAAUGUAGGAUAUCCUAUAGCUAUAACAGUCACCCAGAUUAGCAAGAAUAGUUCACAAAAAAGAAAAGCCUUAUGAGUGCAGUGAAUAUGGGACGUAGGUUUUUUUUUCCAGUUUUCUUUCUUUUUUUAAAAAAAAAAAUAUUUUUUUUAUUUAGAGGGGAAGGGAAGGAGAAACAGGAAGACAAACAUCAAUGCAUGGUUGCCUCUUAGCGUGUCCCCCAGUGGAGAAUUGGCCUGCAGCCCAGGCAUCUGCCCCAACUGGUAAUCAAACGAGCGACCCUUUGGUUUGCAGGCUGAUACUCAUUUUACUGAGCCACACCAGCCAGGCCUAACUUAGGAAAUAUUUUAUCUCAGAGUCAUACUCACCUUAUUCACAGUUCAGACUGGUUAAAUGCUUCAAGUGUGAAGUGAUCAUGUGAAAUCUCUAGCCAUAAGUUUAUAUCCUUUUAUCAUUGGAGUGUUCUCACUGUGUAAAUGGUUAUGCUUUGGGAAAUGUAUUUUUCCAGAGCAAUGACACCGAAGAAAACUUUGUGAGGAAACCUCUGAAUUUAAUUUAAUAUGUUCACAGUGUGGCCAUGUCUCAGAAUUUCAUGUUUAAAUUCUAAAGAACCUAACAAAGUACAACUGAAACUAGUUGUGAAUUUACACGGCUGGUACACAUUCUGACACAUAGUGUAUGUGGAUGGUUUCUCCCCAUCUCACAAAAUCCUGAGCGCUUUAUUUUUAUCAGUUCUGGCUCUUUAUAUAUGUUCAUCAUGCUCUCUGUUGUUUUCGUUGCAUUUCCCUACAGAUUUAUAGUGAGCAUUUUUGCAGGUGUGUAUGCACUACUAUUGUUUUUAGUAUAUUAUGUGCUUACAUAAUUUACUUGUUUUAUUAACUUCAGCUACUCUCCUGUAAAUAAUAGGUGAUAAAAUAGCAAAGAUACGUGUUGCAAUAUCACCACUUUCACUCCUUGAACAACAGGUAAUUUUCAGCUUAUGGAAAAUUUUGGUUUUUUGGAAUAAUUGUUCUUGAUAGUGGAAAAUAUUUCCUAAUUCAGAUUUUUUUGCUGCACAAUAUGUAGUAGGUACAUAUAUCCUUUUAAGGGAUACUCUGCAUUAUUAACACACUUUAUCACUUUUGUUAGUGCAAACAGUAAUAUAAUAAAAAGUCUUGCUUUUUAGUAUUCACCCAUUUUUAUGCUCUGUCAUCUGGGGUUUGCUGGGCUGGAGCAGGACUUGAAGGUGAAAUUAGUGGUAUGAGGAUAAACGAGUAUUUUUUCAGCCCUUUCAGAAGGUAAAGAGAAGAGAUCAGUGAUUAGAUCCUCCCCAUACCUUGGGCCAUGCAACCUGGGUUUAAAGCCUAGGUUUGACUAUUGUUAUGAUUAUAGAAAAUCAAUGCACUAUAUGGGACUCAGUAUUUUCGCUUGUAAUACAGUGAUAAAGAGCAGCCUUGAUCCCCCCUUCCUUGGUGCUUGUUCAAAAAGUACUUGCCUUACAUUUAGUUACCAACUUUGGGUACCACCUACAGGACAAAAUCCCCUGGAAACUUCUGCCCCAAGUUCUUGGGAAAAAUGAAUGGAGCUUUGCCGAUCUCCCAUAUCUGCUGCUACGCACACAGAUUACCGCAGGGAGGAGGUGGCUUCUGGGCUCCUGGGUAUCUGUAUGGAUUCUCCACAGGGGCAUCUCUGGGUGUCAACAAAAUUCCCCAAAACUCACUUCAGUGACUGAUAUGAAAUUAAUAACUGGCUCUCAUGAAGGUCAAUAGAAAUAACAAAAUUCAGUAAACACUGGUUUUGAUAUUCCAGGGUUUGUUUUUUGGUGAUGAUGAGUUUUUUAAUUCAUCCAUCAGUAGGUCAAUAACUGUUAGUGAAUUUCUCCGAAAACCACAUAUGAGGAAGGUAAAGGGGUUUGUCCAAGUUCACACAACAAACGUCAGGUUCAAGAGGCUUUAUUCAGUCAUUAGUGCAGUUCCAGAGCUGUAGACAUUUCCUAUUGUGGUGUAUUAAGGCCUCAGCACAGGGCAGAAGGACAGUAAAGACCAAGAAAACAGGAAACUCAGCUGCUGCAAUUAUAAUGAAAUGUCUGUAUUUUUCUCAUUUCUUAGAGUGCUUAACAUCUACCUCAUAGUAUUCUUGGGACACUUAUCUGUCAGUUCCAGUGAUUUUUCCGGGUGUAACUACUUUGAGCCUUAGCUGCAUUUUGUCUUCCUCCUUUUUAAGUUUAACACAGUUGGGCACUGAGGAGUCUUUCUGCACAUUCACUUAUAUUUUGCAUGAAAGGCUUUAAUUUUAUCGACUGCAGUGAAUGUAAUGCCUCAGUUUGACCCAUCAAGUGUUUUUGGUAUCUGUCACUGACAGGCACUCUAUACUUUUGAGGACAACUAAAUGUGAUACCUGGGGCCUAUUCAGAAGUGAUGCUGGAGACCUACAGUAUUGUUAUCUCCUUGGUGGAGAGUUCACCUCUUCAUACAGGAAACUCAGUGCCCACUUGACUCUACUCUGGCAGGACUGGCUGGAGGAGACAGUGGUGCUCACCAUCAAUUCCCUGCAGCCCUGACCUUGUUCAGUAACCACAUCCUCCUUUCCAGUGUCCCUGUGUCUGCACCAGAGAUCUUCGAGUAGGAAUGUAGUCCUUCUGAACAUAAGCCCUCGCUACAAUGCCCAGUAUACUCUGGUCACAACUGAGCUUCUUAAUCCUUAUUGCUCUAGGCGGGUACAUUGGCUAAAUGAUGAAUCAAUGUAUCUGUGUUCUGGUUAGCAGAAUUAUGGUUCAUGGGCUUUUUCAGAUAGGGUGAGUCUGGCGCAUCUUUGGUGAUAUUUGCAAUCUGCAUCCAUGACAUUUUACUAAACAAUUCAUUUAAAGGAACCAGGUGGCAUAUGUGGACACUGUAAAAUUCUCCUUUUCCCUCAUCUUUUCCUCCUCACUGCUGUCAGUACAAUGUCUUGCUUGGAUUAGUGCUAAAUCUUUAAAGCCCUUCUAAAUGUUACUGAUUUUU